AUGCACCAUUUUCUCUAUACAUGUGCUGAGACCGUUAGAUUCCCUCUAGUGGACGUGGACGUGGACGUGGACGUGGACAUGGACGUGGACGUGGACAUGGACGUGGACAUGGACGUGGACGUGGACGUGGACAUGGACGUGGACGUGGACGUGGACGUGGACGUGGACAUGGACGUGGACGUGGACAUAGACAUGGACGUGGUCGUGGAUGUGGACGUGGACGUGGAGGUGGACGUGGAUGUGGAGGACGUGGACAUGGACGUGGACGUGGAGGACGUGGACAUGGACAUGGACGUGGACGACGUGGACAUGGACGUGGACGUGGACGUGGACGUGGACGUGGAGGACUUGGACGAGGACAUGGACGUGGAUGUGGACGUGGACGUGGACGUGGACGAAGACAUGGUCGUGGACGUGGACGUGGACGUGGACGUGGACGAAGACAUGGUCGUGGACGUGGACGUGGACGUGGACGUGGACGAAGACAUGGUCGUGGACGUGGACGUGAUCGUGGACGUGGACGUGGACGUGGACGUGAUCGUGGACGUGGACGUGGACGUGGACGUGGACGUGGACGUGGACCUGGACAUGGACGUGGAUGUGGACGUAAACGUGGACGUGGACCUGGACGUGGACCUGGACGUGGACGUAAACGUGGACGUGGACGUAAACGUGGACGUGGACGUGGACGUGGUUGUGGACGUGGACGUGGACGUGGACGUGGACGUGGACUUGGACGUGGAGGUGGACUUGGACGUGGACGUGGACGUGGACGUGGAGGUGGACGUGGACGUGGACGUGGACGUGGACUUGGACGUGGACGUGGACGUGGACGUGGACGUGGACGUGGACGUGGACGUGGACGUGGACAUGGACGUGGACGUGGACGUGGUCGUGGACGUGGACGUGGACGUGGACGUGGACGUGGACGUGGACGUGGACGUCGACAUGGACGUGGACGUGGACAUGGACGUGGACAUAGACGUGGACGUGGACGUGGACGUGGACGUGGACGUGGACAUGGACGUGGACGUGGACGUGGACGUGGAGAUGGACGUGGACGUGGACGUGGACGUGGAGAUGGACGUGGAUGUGGACGUGGACGUGGACGUGGACGUGGACGUGGACGUGGACGUGGAGAUGGACGUGGAUGUGGACGUGGACGUGGACGUGAAGGACAUGGACGUGGACGUGGACGUGGACGUGGACAUGAAGGACAUGGACGUGGACGUGGACAGGGACGGGGACGCAGACGCGGACGCAGACGCGGACGCGGACGCGGACGCGGACGCGGACGUGGACGUGGACGUGGACGUGGUCGUGGACGUGGACGUGGACGUGGACGUGGACGUGGACGUGGACACGUGGACGUGGACGUGGACGUGGACGUGGACGUGGACCUGGACGUGGACAUAG